AUGGAAUUCAUCAUACCACAGGCAAGAGCCGAGCUGCUGCGAUCGGACAAAAACCAUUACUGCGUUGGGCGAGUGCUUGACGCCACCGAAGUUCUGAAUGCGCUAAAGGCUUCCCGUGAAGUCACGACCGACCCGUACACUAUAUUCGAUCAUUUCGAUACGUUCUACUCGGUGAUCGACAAUGAGAAAGCUUUAUCCGGGACGCAACUGUUGUGCGCCUACGAUCAGCUAUACGAUGCUUUCGACAAGCUGGGUUGUAAGAUGGCGGAUCUGCUGUCCCGAAAGGAGAUGGAUACAACCGAUCGGCAGUCCGCGCUAAAUGCGCUCAAAAUGUUGGCCUUUCUGGUGAACGGUAUGGUAAAGGCAAUUGAUUCCCAUAUAAGUACCGCCUACGAGAAGGUGAUAGCAAAGCGAAACAAAAAGCAGUUGGUUAAUGAGCAGGUUGAGGUGCUAGAUUGGGACAACAAACGGUACCAGUGCAUUGUGCAGUUGUACAAUUUGAUGCAGCUCCCGCUGGAGAAAUUGUGGGAACCACCGGUCUGUGAGGAAUCGUUCGUAGAUGUAAUUUGUGAUGUUUGCUACCGAACGCUGGAACAGUCGUACGUACGGAAUCGCAAUUCGGUGGACAGUGUUUUCCAGAUACUUGGUACGGCUAUUAAGCGCUACAAUCACUCGCUGUCAUUCCCGGUUCGCAUUCUGCAAAUACUAGAACACAGCGAAGCAGCGAUUCCUUCGAUUGCGGCUGGAAUUUUGCUGCUCUACGAAGAGUUUAGCAUUCAAACCAUUUAUCCAGUAAUCUUAAAGGAAAUCAUCGAACGACUGAGCGUGGAUUCGGCUGACUCGCAAACGGCACGGUUUUUUAGUAUUUUUCUACUCGAACUCGGUACGCUUGCGCCGAAGCUGAUAAUACCACAUCUGUCGAUGCUGAGUGAGGAAUUGUUGAGUCUGGACUCGUACACACUGCGGAACUGUGUGCUGCAGAUCAUGGGAGAGGCGAUCGUUAGCGAACUCACGUCAGAAGAUAUGUCGGACGAACUAAAGGAGACGCGGGACGAGUUUUUGGAAGAUUUGCUUAACCACAUGAUGGAUAUAUCGGCGCAUGUACGCUCGAAGGUGUUGCAGAUUUGGUUGAACCUAAAGGAGCACAAUGCGGUACCGCUGCUCUGGAUUCAUAAAGUGCUGCAUACGGCAAUCGAACGUUUGGAGGAUAAGGCGCUGCUGGUGCGCAAACAGGCUAUUGCGUUGAUCAAAUCGUUUCUGGAGCAUAAUCCCUUUUCCGCAAAGUUAUCCCUAGCUGAGCUAAGGGUAAAGUACGAAGAGGAAGACAAAAAGCUGCAGGAUCUUCGCACACAGCUAGUGGCGCACAACACUAAAAUGAAGACAGUGGAAGAGGAAUGGGAGAACAUCGUGGUGCAAAUGUACCCGACCGUCACGGAACUGUUUGGCAAUGAGCCGGACGAUAUUAAAACGGCAACCGAGGCCGAUGUGAAAUUGCUUUCCGAGAGCAUCCUAAUGCUGUUGAAGGAGGAAAACUACAAGGAAUUGGUGCGCUUGGUACAGCGAGCCGAUUAUGCACUCGGCAAUAAUGAGCAGCGAAUGAAGAUGACCUUUGAACAUCAGUGCAUGUACUACAUAACGCUCCUGAAGAGUUAUUACAUUCACGGUCAUUCGGAUGCUGCAUUGAAUGACGAACUUCAAAAGGCAGAAAAGGUUGUAAAUUUUCUCCACGACUCAAUACGCUUCUCGGAGCUGAUAUCGAACGCCGUACCGAAGUUGUUAGAGAUGCUUAUGUCCAAGGCCCAGACGGAUGUGCAUGGAGCAAUCGAUUUCUUUACCACAGCGUAUCUGUUCAGUAUCAAGGGUACGGAACAGGGCAUGCAGCAAAUGCUGUACCUGGUGUGGUCCUCUGAUAAAGAUAAGCGCGAGAAUGUGACUGCGGCAUACAAGCGAGUCCUGUUCGAAACUGACCUACAAGGACGGGGUCAUGCGGUGAAGGUAGUGCGCAAUUUGAGCCAAUUUCUGACGAAUCUAACACGCGGUCAGUACACCGCAAUGGAGGUGCUCGUACAAGAGUGGGUCGAGAAUGGCGAUAUUGAUGCACAGAUCAUUCAGGUUCUGUUCGAAAUCUACACCAUGAAGCUGGAAAACGUAACUCCGGAAGAGUCACGACAAGCACUCCAGUUGCUGGUGAUGGUUUCGGUGGCCAAACCGUCGGUUGUGACCGUUAACCAACAACUGCUGGAAACGAUCGGCUUAGAGGAGCGCGGUCGACGUGAUCCUCGCAUUUUCGUGGCCACGUUGGAGUUAUUUAUGAACUCCGUUCCACAGGCGACGAACAGCUCGAAAUAUUACAAGCGCUAUGAACAUUCGUCACCGACAGUCCAGCACGUAAUAGAUCUGUACACGAAGCUGUUCUUCUGCUCCCAGGUGCAAUCCUUCGACGACAUCGGUACGAAAGUGUUUGACUUCAUUUACAAAAUGGUUAAAACGCCCGAUCUACUAUCCCAGUCGAUUGUGGUCGCUUUGUACGAGCGGUUGCAGAAGUUAAGUGACACGAGCACGGUGGGAACAACCUCCGAAGAGUUACGACUUUCGCAGAUGAGCCAAAUUUCGGGAUCCACUCAAGAUCCGACCAAUCGCACAUCGUUGCAGACUGCAACGCAACCGGAACAGUUACUGCUAACAGUUCCUCACUUUCUGGCAGCACGGUUCAUUUUCACGGUUGGCUACGUUGCAAUGCGCGAGAUGAUCUAUCUUGAUAUCGACGUGUACAGCAAUAUGAAGUACCGGCAGGAGCUAAAGGAGGAAUUAAAGAAUCAAAAAAAGAAAGAUGCCGCCUUGGCAGGUAAUAAGAACAUCAAUGCGUCAGCGAUCAAUGCCGGAAAGCUGGCAAAUAUGCGGAAAACACUCUCAACGUCAAUGAACGUGUCGGCGAGCAAUGCACUGAAGCGUCUGUCCGGUUCGACUGGAACGGGCAAUAAUGCACCUGAUCAGACGGAGCCGGAAGAGGAACUGCUGAGCGGAGCUACAGCAGAGGAUGCAGUUGCAGAGGAGAUCAACUUCAUAUGCGAACAGGAGCUGCUGUACGGCAAGGACAAUCUGCUGAACCGAUUGAUUUCAACUGUGUUGGAGGUGUGCAAGUUUCCGAACCGCUAUAGGGAUGACAUGGUGCAAAAGGCGGCCGUGUUAACGCUGAUCCGUCUGAUGGCCGUAUCGUCCAAGUUCUGCGACGAUAACAUGCCGUUCCUGAUGAACAUUUUCAAGCACACGAAAAACAACGACAUCAAAUGCAAUAUCGUGAUCGGGCUGUCGGAUUUUACCUUCCGCUUUCCGAAUGUGACCGAACCGUGGACAAAGCACAUGUACGCAACGCUGCACGAAGAGAACGUGGAGUUGCGCAUGACGGCGGUGAAGAUGCUGUCGCAUCUGAUCUUGCACGAGAUGAUACGGGUCAAGGGUCAAAUAUCGGACCUGGCUCUCUGCAUCGUCGAUCCAGUAAAGGAGAUCCGCAUCAUCACGGAACAGUUCUUUAAGGAGAUUGCAAACAAAUCGAACAUCCUAUACAACGUGCUGCCCGACAUCAUUUCCCGCUUAAGCGAUCCGAACCUGCAGCUGGAGGAGGAAAAGUAUCAUAUCAUUAUGCGAUACAUUAUCGGUUUGAUCAACAAGGACAAGCAGAUUGAGAGUUUGGUGGAAAAGUUGUGCCUGCGGUUCCGGGUGACGAAGGAGGUGCGCCAGUGGCGAGAUAUUGCGUUCUGCCUAUCGCUGCUAUCGUACAACGAGAAAACGAUCAAGAAAUUGACGGAAAACAUUGGCUGCUUUAAGGACAAGGUGCAACACGAGGAGAUUUACCAAGCAUUCCGGACGAUCAUCAGCAACACGAGCAAGUUGGCAAAGGUGGAACUAAAGACCGUAGUGGUCGAAUUUGAUACGCGGUUAAAGGAAUGCCUGGAGGUGCGUAACGAAAAUGCGGCGGCAACCAACACAGCCGGAUCGUCGGAUGAGACGACCAGUGAAAUUGCUACGACUUCCGGUAGCCAAGGACUCGCGACAACCGAGGAACGUACCGUGAGCCGUGGUGGAAGUAAAGCAGACAAGAAGACAACCAGCAACAAAGCAGCACCGGGACGUCGCGCUAUGGCCGGUCGGCGAGGCACGAAGCAAAUCUCGUCCGACGAGGAGCGGAGUGACAGCGAGGAAGAGAAUCUGCCUCCCGCGACCAGCUCGCGUGCCGCGGCCCGGGCCCGCCAGCAUAUGAAGAUUACCAAAGUCAUUGAAAGUGACAAUUCAGAUGACGAAGAGGAGGAGGAGGAAGAUAUACCACCGAAGCGUGGGAAAACGAAACGGUAG